CAAGGUCUCCAAAUAUUAAAUGUCUAUUACAUAAUUGUUUACCAAGUAACCAGGUCAGUGUAUUUUUCAAGAGAGUCUGCAGAACAAGGAGUUGUUGCUAGCAUAAUGCCAGCGAGUCCUUGCACUGGGUCCGGUGCUGCUUUGGGAUCUUUACGUCUGGGAACAAGGCCUGUCAAGAAGACCUGGCCUUAUUAGGAGAGAGUGCUUUUCCUUCCAUGUGGUCAGUUCUCUAAUAGAUAGCAGAUUUUGGUGAGCAUGCACAGUAUCAAAGAGUUUUGGAGAAGGCGCAGGUUGGAGUCUUAGAGCAUAUAUCUCUUCAUUUGAGUCAAAACUGAGGAAAAGAACCCUCUUCGGUACUAAAGACAUUGUUUUGUCGAAAACGGACUAUGCCUUUGAGAUGGCUGUUUCCAAUAUCCGAUAUGGAGAGGGAGUUACUAAAGAAGUGGGAAUGGACUUGCAGAAUUGGGGUGCUAGAAAAGUUUGUGUGAUGACAGAUAAGAACCUCUGUCAGCUCCCUCCCAUGACAGCAGUGUUGGAUUCUCUGACAGUCAAUGGUAUAAACUUCCAAAUAUAUGAUAACGUAAGAGUGGAGCCCACAGACCAAAGUUUCCUAGAUGCCAUUGAGUUUGCCAAAAAGGGGGAGUUUGACUCCUAUGUUGCUGUAGGUGGAGGUUCAGUUAUAGAUACUUGUAAAACUGCUGAUCUCUACGCAUCGAGUCCAACAUCAGAUUUCUUAGAUUAUGUCAAUGCUCCUAUUGGAAAAGGCAAGCCUAUUACAGUCCGCCUCAAACCUCUGUUAGCAGUACCUACAACAGCUGGAACUGGAAGUGAAACCACUGGAGUUGCUAUUUUUGAUUACAAAGAACUAAAAGUAAAAACUGGAAUUGCUUCUCGAUCCCUUAAGCCUUCUUUGGGUAUUAUUGACCCAUUACAUACUCUCCAUAUGCCAGAGCGAGUGGCAGCUAAUAGUGGUUUUGAUGUGCUUUGCCAUGCUCUCGAAUCCUAUACUGCUCUUCCCUACAACCAGCGCAGCCCCUGUCCUUCAAAUCCAAUGAACCGGCCAGCUUAUCAAGGAAGCAACCCCAUCAGCGACGUCUGGGCUGUCCAUGCAUUACAGAUCGUUGCUAAAUACUUAAAGAGAGCCAUAAAGAACCCAGAAGAUCGAGAAGCAAGAUUUAACAUGCAUCUGGCAAGUGCUUUUGCUGGCAUUGGGUUUGGAAAUGCUGGUGUACAUCUUUGCCAUGGCAUGUCUUAUCCAAUUUCCGGUUUGGUGAAGAAUUAUAAAGCAAAGGAUUAUAAUGUGGAUCAUUCUUUAGUGCCACAUGGUCUUUCCGUUAUCCUCACCUCUCCAGCAGUGUUUACUUUCACAGCACCGAUGUGUCCUGAGCGCCAUUUGGAGGCUGCCCAAAUCAUGGGAGCUAACACCAACAAUGCCAAGAUUAAAGAUGCUGGGCUUAUUCUGGCAGACACUCUCCGAGAAUUUUUAUUUGAUCUCAAUGUUGAUGAUGGCUUAGCUGCCCUUGGUUAUUCAAAAGCCGAUAUCCCUGCUUUAGUCAAAGGCACCCUGCCUCAGGAAAGAGUGACUAAAUUAUCCCCUCGCCCUCAAACAGAAGAAGAGCUAUCUGCUCUGUUUGAAGCAUCUAUGAAAUUAUAUUAAUUUAGUUCUGCUUUGUUUUUUGUUUUUUGGUGGUGUUGUUUUUUUUACUUUAAGCAAUGUUUUCCCAAUAACAUUUAAGGGAAUGAAGCAAUUCAAAAUAUUUAUUUCAAAACAGAAUGAUUCAAUUCAAAAUAUUAUAUGGAGGUUGUAUUUUUUAAUGUUAUUUCCUAUUAAAUGUUAUAGCAUUCAUGUUUAUUUCUACGCAUGAUUGUAAUUGGGGGUAUUCGCAUUUCAUUCACUAGUGAUCACUGGAAGUAAUCAUUAGUGAUUUUAUCUUCUGAGAACACUGCAGUAAUGAACUUUCUGGUUUGCCAUUUCAUUAUCUGUACAACUGGGUCAAGCAGGGAUACAGGAAUAAAACUUUUACAAGUUCAAAACAUCCUGUGCGUAUAGCCCUUUCUCUUCAGAAUUCCCAUUCAAACAAAGAUGCUUUGUAGCUUUUAUGAUUGCCUUGAAUUCUUGGCUCAGCAAUAUUGCUGCCCACUGAUUUUAUACUAGGACUGUUUUAUGGUAGUACUGUAUAUUGGUCAUGGGUCUGAAGGUCAAUCUAUUGCUUAUAAAAGAAGAUGGCAGAGGAGGAAAUGGCAUUAGUGAAGGAAGACUUUCUGUCCACUAGGGCUACCACAUCUGGUCUGCAAACAUUAGAUUAGAGCAAAGGAAUUGAGGAAACUCUUAACUCCUUGCUGCCUUCUAGUGGUUGUCUGGAUUUUUUCAACCCAGAUCCAGUAGCCCCAGCUUCUACCCACAGGGUAAUAAAAUAAUAUAUAAG